AUGCAUAGGAAUAAUGAAGUGAGAAGGCGGCUGCAAGAAGUGCACGAUGCUACUUGCAGUUUGGAACCAGUAAUCAGCUUGUAUCGGCGCCUGCAGCGUAAAGGAACUCUGCCAAGCAAUUCCAAGCUCGCCUAUAAGCUUAAGAAGACGGUAAAGAGAUAUUUUGUGGAUGGAUCGACUCUUUAUCUAAAGGGAUUUAAUGGGGAACCUCUACGAUGCUUAGGAAAGACGGAGUCACAUCAAGUCAUGGAAGAGAUACACGCUGGAGAAUGCGGAGAGCAUCAAGGAAUGAAAAGGCUCCACCGGCAGCUGUUGAGUUUUGAAUAUUAUUGGCCUACUAUGAAAAGGGAUGCAUAUGAUUUUGACAUGCGCUCUCCUCCAUAUAUUCAUGCCCCUACAAUUUUGAGAUUAAACCUAGACAGAGGAACAUCACCAUUGCUGCUGCCGCAACCACCACCACCACAGUCAUCGUCAUCGCCGCCACCACCACUGCCAUCACUGCCACCUCAGCACCACAACUGCCUGCACCACCACCCACUGCCACCCCCACUACCAGCCUCACCAUCACCCCCCAUCGUCACCACCACCACUGCUAACACCAUCAAUAUCACUGCUAUUGUCACCACCCUAACCCUUACCGCCACCACCACUACCACCCCCACUAUCAGCCCCACCAUCACCCCAACCGACAUUGCCACCACUCCCACCUCACCACCACCACCACCUCACUCCUAUGCCACCACCACUCCCCACUUCCCCCACUAUCACUCACAAACCACCAUCACCACUGACAUCGCCAUCAUCAUCACCAUCGAUGUGCACCUAAACUGA